AUGGGCAGCGACGAUGGCGGUCAGCCAAAGUCUCGUCGGGGGCAGCGCCGCCGAGGGGAGCGAGCUCAUUGCGAAGACUGGGCUCGCUGCUGCGCGAUCACGCUGAACGAGCUCGACCGCGGGUCUGCUGAUCCGCAUCCUCAGGGACAGCGGGCCAGUGCUGGGCAGGAGCGCAGCUUGGGCAUGAUCCAGGCUGCGGUAGCUGAGCUCGGACGGCCGCCCGCCGACCUGACUCGCCAGGGAGCCCUCGCGGAGCUCCUGGCCAAGCGCAGCUACACCGGCGAGAAGGUGUCUGUCGCUCGGCUCGACAUUUCUCUCUUGUCCCUGCCUGCUGGUGGGGACGGUCCUCGAGCGCUGACAACCUUGCUCGGGGAUGAGGGCCCAAUGGUAGUCGAUGCCUUCUUGAGAGACAAAGUCUUGCCUCCAUCGGAGGCGGCGGCGCGGGUGGCCGAGUCGGCCUUGAAGCGUCCGUACUACGAUCCUUCGCUGCAGGGGAGGCCGCGCCGGUAUGCGCGCCUCCUCGCGGCCCUUGACGGCGCAGGCAUGCUCGAGUGGAGGCGGCACGGAUCGCCCCGAGUAGGCUUGUUUACUGUUUGGAAAAAGAACGGCAAGCAAAUAUUGAUUGUCGACGCUCGGUUGUCUAACUUGUGCUUCGCUUCUCCUGAUUCUGUCGACCUUGCCACAGGCGGAUCUUUCGCGUCCCUCGAGGUUGACCCUGGGCCCCCAGUGUGCCUUGCUCAGGUCGACAUCCAGGAUGCCUUUUACCACCUCCUCCUCCCUCCUGAGCUCGUCCCCUUUUUCUGUCUCCGCCCUGUCACCGCUGGGCUCGCCGGAGUCGUUGAGCUCGACGGCGCCCCUGUCUCUCCGACCCAGCUCGCCAAGGAGGUCGACGCUGUGGCCGAUUCCGUUUUAGACGCCCUGACCGCCGCUGGGCUCAGCAUGCAUCCUCGUGAGAGCUCACUCGGCGGGUCCGUCUUGGGAUGGGAAUUCAGCGACGAGUGCCCUCAGGUUCGUGUGAGCCCUCGCAGAGUGUGGAGACUCCGACUCGGCAUUGAGGGGCUCCUAGAGAAGGGCUUUGCUACGGGCAGGGACCUCGAGGCCAUCAUAGGACAUUUCACGUUCGCCGCUCGAAUUCGGCCAGAGGCCCUGUGUGUGUUCUCUGCUGCGUACGCCUUCAGUCAGCGGGGGGCCGACACUCGCCGUAGGUUGUGGACUGCCUCCAUCGCGGAGGCUGGCCGGUGGUCGGACCGGUGGCGCUUCUCGCGAGGGGCCGAGGAUCGCGUUCGGCCGAGAGACGCCUCGCUCCGGGAGGAGCUGAACUUAGCCGCGGCGGCCGGUCUGGACGACCUGGAUCGCGUCGGGACGGCUCGGCACCUGGAAGCCCUCGGCGAGGUGGAUCGGAGCGGGGCCGUCCCGGAGAUCGGGCCCGAAAUCCUUCAGGGAUCCUGGGCCACCGUUUCGGCCGGUCGCUGGAAGCGUCGGGAGGCGAUGCCCAUCUUGGAAGGGCGCGCUCUGGUCGGGGGGGUCCGGCAUGUGAGCCGGGGUUUAAGCGAGUUUGGCAAGCGGAUCCUUUUUCUGACCGACGGGUUGUCCGAGGUCCUGGCCCUUGAGAAGGGCCGAUCAUCGAGCGUGGCCCUGAUGAGAGUGUGCAGGCAGUGGGCGGCGACGGUGUUUGCGGCCGAUCUGUAUCCUCGGGUUCGGUGGAUUCGGUCUGAGUUGAAUGUCUGCCUGAGCCGGAUGACGACCGGCCUCCCGCGGCCACUCGCAGGUGCCCCGAUCCCGUCGGCCCCGUGGGAUGCGGUCCUGGCGACCGACAGCCUGGUGAGGCCGGGCGGGACUGCGGAGCGGCGACCCGUCCAGGGCGAGCCGCCGUCCCUGUGGCGAGCGGCGGCGCUGCCACAGGCUGGUGCGCGACCGCGCCCACCCCAUGGGCGGGCCCGGGCAAGGGCAGCGGCGAGACAAGCCAAGCCUCGGCCCGAGGAGCUGGCCACGAGGGGGGAGCGCGCCGCUGCCCGGCAAACGAGUUUCCCCGUGGACAAGCGGGUGACAGUCAGCGAGGGCCUCUCGCUGCUCGAGAGGGAGAGCGCGGGCGACCACGACCAGCGGGUCUACCAGUCGGCGCUCGUGGAGUUCAGGAUCUUCUCCGAGACCCUGGGCCUGCGCCUCGAGACCGCUCAGGACUACGACGAGGCAGCCGUGGAGUGGACCUACCCCGCUGUCUUCGACGGCAGCGACGCGCUGGAGGGGACAAGGCUCAAGGCGCGGCUGCUGUACUACUACCCGCGGCUCCUGUCCGUGGCUGGGCUGCCCCAGUUCAGCCGGGCGCUGAGGGGGUGGAGGCGGCUGGGGUCGCCGCGGAGCCAGCUGCCGCUGCCGGGGGAGGUCGCCUGCGCGGUGGCCCACAGGCUCGCGGCAAACCAGGACCUGCACGCCGCCCGCCUCGUCUUUGUGAGUUUCGUGUUCGGCCUGCAGCCCGCGGAGCUGAUGUCGCUGACCGGGCGGCGAGUGGUGCCGCCGGCGCGGGCGGCCGGCCACGCCGCGUGGUCGCUCGUGCCGUUUCCGAUGGAGGAGGAGACGCCCAGCAAGGACGGCGCCUUCAACGAGAGCGUGCUGGGCGACCUGCCGUUCUGCCACCUCAUCGGGGACGUGCUGAAGCCGCUCGAGGCCGGCGUCAACGACAGGGACCUCGCGGCGCAGGCGCGGUACGUGCAGCUGGCGCAGGCGUUCGGCACGGCGGACCAGCACCUCGGCCUCGAGGGCCCGUCGGGCCUGUACCAGCUGCAACACGGCGGAGCGCCCGUCGACCUGGCCAGCUACCGCCGCAGCAUCGCGGAGGUGAGGGCUCGCAGCCGCUGGGCAAGCGACAGCUCGGUGACGGGGUACGGCAAAGGGGGCCGCGUCGCCGACCAGCUGAUCAAGUUGCCACCGCCGUUCCUCGACCACGCCAUCGUCCGCGCCAAGAAGAAUGGCGACAUCCUCUGCGAGCACUGCCGGCCUUUGCCGCCCGUGUUCAGCGGCUCCGGCAACUUCAGCCGGGCCUGGCGACGGCGGCAGCGCGCUCUGGGCUAUGCUAUUUUCGAGUGGGACAUCCGCUGGGGAGAGGAGUAUGACCUCACUCGCCAGCGGGCGCAGCGCCUGGUGCGAGGCUGGGUCAACAACGGGCUGAUUGCUGCCGUCUGGCUGGGCACCCCUUGCCACAGCUGGAGCCGAGCACGGGACAUUCGACCAGGGCCUCCGCCCUUGCGAAGUGACCUGCACGUGAUGGGGUUGCCCGACCUAGCGCCCCGUGACGCUGAGAAGGUUAGGAUCGGCAACGCCCUCAUGAAGUUUUCAGCCUCGCUAUUUUCUUUGUGCCAAGCCGUGCGCGUGCCAGUAGCUAUUGAGAAUCCUCACAUGUCUAGAAUUUGGCUGACGUCUCAAUUCAG